AUGCAACAGCUUGCGUUCAUCAAAACAACUGCAUUGUAAUUGGCGGAUUAUUUGGUAUUGUCGGCCACUGAGUAAUCGAAUCGGCUAAUCAGCACUUUCUAGCAAUCGGCUCAUCCCUAAUUUACAUACCUGCAUGCUCCUGGCACAGAAUAAGAAGGUACAGCAGAAGUGUAACUCAAGCAAGUAUUUGUCCGCGUUUUUACAAGCGAUUCGUCAUCAAUCACGCCAUCCUGGCUAGUACAACCGGCACUUUGACCUACCAAAACCUGAUGAAAACUUCCGGUUGUACUAGCCAGGAUGGCGUGAGCGAGUUAAAAUCUUCGUGGACGUAAAACAAAGGAACCGACUCAAGUUACACUUCUGCCGUACCUUCUUAUUCUGUGCUCCUGGUUAGGUCCAAUAAAUGUAUAUUCACAAUCGAAUUUCCAUCUACAGAACUCUUACAUCGAGUGUAGAAGAAAAAAAGAAAAAAGAAAAAAUAAAUUUAAAAAAAAAAAUAACAAAAAUCGAAAUCCUUUAUUCAAAAUAUCCGAUGUUCACUUGAAACAUUAAAUAAAUACUAGGUUAAACCUGGAGGAUUCCCAGAACAGUGACAGUAGUGAUGAAGCAGUUUUUGAAGAACAGGUUGAUGAAGAAAAGAAACAGAAGGAGAAGGUAUUUUAUGUCUUUUAUAUGUAUCAACGAUAAUUCAUUACGCUUUUUAGACGGCCUGCCAAAACCUGAAAAUGUGCAACAAAAUUUGUUUCAUGGAUUUUCUGUUACAAGAAACAGACGUUUCUGAUUUAUAGAUGAAAAUUUGACGAUUUAAAACUUUGCCUAUUAAACGUAGGUUGAUGGAAAAAAAUGCUGAUGGAAAAAAACAUUUCAAGUUCACCUUUAACAAAUCCAAACUAUACCAUCGCAAAGUACAUAUAAGACAUUUAACCGAAUAGUAUGAUUUUCGUAGCCGAUGUCGAGCUUUUAAGUUUAACACUCAAAAAUGAAGAGGAUACACUAGUCACUAUUUGAAAAUUCGUACUACCUAUUUAAAUGUCGUACGUAUACUUUUUUGCGAUCGUUCUAAUAGUACAGUUUAUUUUUGUGAAAAGUGAACUUAAAAUUUUGGAAUUUUAGUCAACGUACUGUAGUAUCUAUACUUUAUUAGGCAAAAUUUUAAAAUUCUCAAAUUUUCAGCCAUAAAGCAAAAAUCAGGUCGUGGGUGCCAAUAUCCUGUAUAUAUAUAUAUAUAUAUAUAUACUUUUGUUCACUAAUGUGUAAGUUACAAGAAAUGCCAGUUGGCGCUUGUAACAAAAAAUGCCAUCAUAAUGUUGGCUACCGUAUUUGGCAAAUCAGAAGAGCAGGCCACACUGGGAAUGAUGUGCAAUCGCAAAUAAAGUACCGGUAUGCUGUAAUAUCUUGCAUGAAUGUACUCAUCUAAUAAUCUUACCACCAUCAUUUAGGGGUAUGUCGACUACUGUACUAGGUUCAUUCCAUUUCUAAUCGUUAACAAAUUGACAUAAAGCUGCUGUAUAGUAUCACUCAUUCCCACGACAUCUGUCCACUACUCUUUCAUUUUUGUCUGUAUUCUGUCAGUACUUGUUAUUACAGUAUAAUUAUUGCAAAAGCUUUAAAAUUAUGAUGGAAUCUUUGCUUUAGGUGCAAUUAGUGAUCGGAGAAGAUGAACAUCAGUUGCAAUUUCCUUAUGCUUUAUGGUUUUCAAAACGACCUCCUGGAAAACAGCAGUUCAAUUAUGAGGACAAUAUAAAACUUGUUGGGCGGUUUGCAUCUGUAAGUAUAGCAGUCACAAUAACCGUUAUUAUUCUCUACAGUUACUGCAUUUAUUAUUAGCAUGACAAAAUUACUGGAUGCUGAUUGGUUGAGAGGAGUACAAUUAUUUCAUUAAUUGUACUGCAGUACAAUUAAUGAUUUUCCCAAAACAAACAAAAUGGCGGAAAGGUAUUUUGAACACAAAUGUGAAAUGAAAUUGUCCCAGAGGAACUAUAUGAUAAUACGAACAAAAGCACCAAAUUUUGCUUUAACAGAAAAACUAAAUGAAAAUACGAACAAAAGUAGCUACCAAAUUUUGGUUGAAAGUCUGGCAGGACUGGGCUUUGGCGAGAGAAUAUUAUGUUGACAUUGAUAAGUAUCCAAUUUUGUCAUGCUAAUAAUAAACAAGUAAUCGGCGGCUCGUCCAAUUUUGGCAAAAUUUCCAAACAUCACUCGUACUAUUAAUCCCUAAUUGUACGAGCAACAUCGCAUGAUUACCUGUACUUAGUGUAUUGUUACCUUUAGAUCUACUGUACAGCAAAAAUUAAAAGGCAAUUUUUUCAAUAUCGCGUAUUUGCGAUGAAAAGUGUUCAAAACAUAUAAUCUUUUUGGCGUUCCUCUCAAAAUUACUUUGUUUUAUCUUUAUUUUGUAGUUUACACAGUUAGCAACCUUUUUAAAUGUACCUAGCGGUUGAGAAACACAAAACAAUAGCUAAAUAUUGUCAAUUGAAAUACAAUUAUCAUUGACGCUGUAAAAUUGACGCCAUAUUUAAACAAAACUUGCUGAACUUCAGACAUCAUUUUCUCUUUGGCGUAUCAUCUAUACAGAUAAAGCAUUGGACAUACUUUUUAAGUUUGUUUGCCGCUUGAGGAAUGUAUCAAAAAUUUGAAUAUUGUCGUAACCAACUGAAAAAGUAUAUUCAUUAGUUUUGAGCGCGUGUUACGUAACAUACAAAAGAUUCUCCUCUUAAUUAUAAUAUAUAUGUAAUAUGCUAACAUGUUUUAGUGCAUGCUUAGUGUCUCGAUCGAUUGAAGUGCACUUGUUCAAAAGCUAACAUACUGGCUAUUAAACAAGUGCACGUGUCAUAGUAAAUAUUGGCAAAGUUGCGUAUAAAUUUGCCUAUACAGACGAACAAAUAAAACUUUUUAUACGAAAACCCGUCAUAGAAAACUUGCUGGAUGACGCAUUUGGCGUCACGUUGUAAUAUAAAGCAUGCAACGAAGAAUCAAAGGCCGUUGAGGCCCGACUCACGGAUGAGAUCAAAAGAAUUAGAGCUGUUUGCAGUUGUUUUUGCAAACGGGCACCGUGCGAAUUUUGCCAUUUGUCGUCAGUACUUCUUUUGCCAACUCAAAAGAACGAACGCGUGCUCCAGCCCGAUUUCCGGUUCUGAAAGGCCCCAUUCGCAGGCAAACAGUACGCGCAAAGCAGGCUGGUAUUUCCCAUUGUUUAACUGCCCCACACUCAAGUAACCUCAAAGACUCACAGAUGUUGCUUCGCAACGUCCGGGAUCGGUAUGUAAGCAAACAACCCAACCGAAAAAAAAAACAUUUGAGUCGGCAGAAAAAAGGUUUGGUUUGCGAAACCGGAAGCACAGGUGGAUGUUUUUUGUUAGGCCCGAUGAUGGGACAUCUAGGGUCACCAGUAACAAUCAAUGUCACCACUUUCAGCGCGCGUCUCAUCCGGCGAAUAUGAAAUGAGAUACAGUACUCACGGCACGCGAAACACGUUUUUUAACGCACGUGUUGUGCUGGCAUAUGUAGCAAUUUUGUAUCGAGUAUCGUUUGCUCAGUUUCUUUUUAAAUUUCGUCUUCAAAUUAACAUUGUUGACAUCUUGAAAUUCUGAAAUCCAUUCUUCUAAACUUUCGGCUUAUAGGUCCCGUUUUAAAACUGUCGACAGUCUGUAUCAUUGACAGCCGUAUUUAAAGCUCGUCAUACAUGCAGUACUCCCGAACCGCCGAAGCCCCGGACUUUUUAAUAAAGUUCGUAAUAGAGUUGCACGAUUUUACUCAUGAUUAUCGUAUUGAAGGUAGAAACGUGAGAGAGGAUAUACCGUAAUUAUCGUUAUGAUCAAUGAUUGACUAUCGUGAUAUUGUUUCGUAUGCUUUUUUGAGUUUCUAGACGAUAAUCACGAUAUGAUUUUUAAGUAUCGCCUAAAUCCACUUCGUGACUACGUUUGUUUGUGUCGUAUUUAACACCUUGGAACGCGCGCUUAAACGCGUGUUUUGCGUGGUGAAUCAUAUUUCAUAUUUACCGGAUGUGAUGCAAACCGAAAGUAGUGAACUUGUGACCCUGGCGGCGGUUACAAAACGGAGAAUUACGUCGGAGACUGUAAGAGAGAGGGAGUGCAACUGACUAUAUUCAUUGUUUCUAUUUUUAAUUUUUUGAUGCAUAGGUUGAACAAUUUUGGUCUCUGUACAGUUGGUUGGUUCACCCUAGUGAGUUAACAGGACAUUGUGAUUAUCAUCUAUUCAAGGAUGGGAUUAAACCAAUGUGGGAGGUACCAAUUUGUUCUAACUCAGGAAAAAAAUUGAACUUUCCAUUAAUGGGUUUUUAAAUGUAAACACUGAACUCUUGCCAUUAUUGGUUAUUAUAGAUUUCCCAUAUUGUAAAGAAGUAAAAACCACCAAAUAUUUACCAUAUAAAUGGGUACUUUAUUUUUUCCUUUGCACAAGAAAAUAAAAUUAAUGGUAAAUAUUAAACAUCAUGGUUUUUACCAAUUUACCAUAUGGAAAUCUAUCAUAACCAAUAUUACUGUAGUAGAAUCAUACUGGUAUACUAUUGCAAAUGCUGUAAUUUGAUUGGCUACUCUACUCACUAUCUACAAUAUUCGUCGAUAGACAGCGAGUAGCAAAAAAAUAAUUUUCCUGGCAGAUUUUUUAAAAAUUGCUUCAGGCUGGCGUUUUUUAUUGAAUUAUUGAAUUAUUUUGUGGAAUAUUUAAUGUUUGAUCUUUGAUUGUGUUAAAACAAUUACAGUUGAUAACUCGCUCUCGAUUUCUAUGAGGUGAUCGUUCUAUAACCUCAGAAAUCUCGAGCUCGUAAUGUAAUUGUUAAAUGGUAAAAGUUCAGUUUUUACAUUGAUAGUAUACAUGGUAAAUCUUUAAUUUGAGAACCUUUCAAAAACCCAUUAAUGGAAAUUUAACAUUUUCCCUGUGUUACUGGUUAUCUAUAACAUCACUGUAAAUGUAUAUAGAGUGUUAACUAAGUGUUUCCAUGAAUCACACUGUGCAAUUGAUAAUUAUGAUAAUUAUCAUGCAGUUAUUAACGAAGCAAAAUAUUUUAGUAAAAUUGUUGAAAGGUGGUUUGAAAUGGAUAGUGAUGGAUAUUGAUGUUUUGAUUGCUUCGUUGCAGAGAUUGUGACAUAAAGUUUUUUGCAACAAAAGUUGUCUACCGUCUAUUUCUCGUUUUUUGAACGAUGAACAAUAGUUUGAAAUGGAUGCGAUAAUGGCGGAUAUUAUAGUAUUGUGGCAGAGUAAUUUAUAUGACUAAAGGUUUUCUGCCACAAAAUUUAUUUGCCAUUUAAUUCUCUGGUUUUGGGUGUUUUAACAGCGAAAAUUGAAAAGAAAUUAUUAAGAGUUUUCCAAAAGUAUUUUGUACUUUAUUUAAAAUACUUAGUGGUUAUACCGAAAAUAACCAAUUAUACUGUAUAGAUAGAUAAUUAAGUUGUAGUCUGUAAGCGAGGUUUGUCGAUUGUUUGUUGUAGGAUGAAGCAAAUAAACGUGGAGGGAAAUGGAUUGUCAGGUUGAGAAAAGGCUUGGCCUCGAGAUUUUGGGAAAAUCUGGUAAGAACUAGUAUAUCCUACAUAUUAUAAAUUAUAACACUACGAGUAUAGACAUCACUGUUACGUAUCGUUUGAAUCAGCAGUACAAUGUGUCAUUUUAUGGUAAUUGGCAGUUUGCAUGCAAGAAUAAAAACAUGAAAAACAAACAUGAAAAAACGAUGUUUAUUAAUGUUUUUGUAAAAAAACCCAAAUUUUUUGACAUUUUUGAGCUAAAGCUCCGAUGAAAAUGUCAAAAAUUUUGGUAGGAAAAUGAGGUUACUAAAUUAUUCUUAUGAUGUUGCUAUAAUUUAGUGCAACAAAAUGUACUCGUGUAAAUAACUGUUUGUCGAAGACAUCUAAUAAAAAUUCAGUGUAUAUAUUAAAUAAAAACAGCUUUGGCUCGACAUGAUAUCACGUACCUCGACCUUGAUAUUAAUUUUUGAUAUCAGAACAUCUUCAUCCAAUACUUUUUAUUAACACGCAGUUGGAUCCAAUUUUAUUUUAUAUGGUACUUCUCAUUGACAGCACAAUUAAGUCUGGUUUGAACUAUCAAAGUUUCGGUGAUCACAGAAGGAAUUUUGCAUAUGUAAAUUCUAAGUUUUGAAAGAUUGCAAGAAAUGUUUGAGGCAACUAACUUAGUGUUAAACACUGACUCAGAUCCCUCGAACAUUUCUUACAAACCCUUUACCGAAACAAAAAUCCACUGUGAUGACAGAAACUUCGGUAGUGUAAACCAGACUUUGCAGUAUAGUAACACGUAUUAUGCGGUUAUAUAGAAAUGAAUGAUUUCUGUUGUUUCUAUAUACUCGUACUGUGACUAUAGUUUGUUUCAUUGACGUUUCCUUUAGAUAUUAGCAAUUCUAGGCGAGCAGUUUAUGGUUGGUGAUGAGAUUUGUGGUGCUGUUAUAUCUAUUAGAUUCCAGGUAGUUGAGCUCUGUGCCACUGUGCACUAAAUAUAGUUAUGUUAGGCAAGCAUGCAAUUACACCCAUGCAUGUAACGUAAUUGUCAUAUUGAUGCCAUAACGUACACAUUUUAUACAAUCUGUUUUGUUCAGUGUGGGAUUCCUUACAGCAUACAUAUAAAAAGACAGCUACAGUGUAUUUGAAACAAUCAGAAUUGAUAGUUAUAACUGUACAUUGAACAACAAUGCUGAUCAAGAUGAUUAAUUGAUUAUCUUAGAAAAAGUAUCUAAUGUCAGUCAAAAGUAUCUAAUGUCAGCCAUGCAUGUGACCCACGUUUUGAAAGAUCCGCUUAUCUUAAAUAGACACCGAAACCCUUUGGUAUACAUGUUGAAAAUUUCUGUUCCUCAUAUUUUUCUGUGUUUCUGUAUUUGGCAACUACAUUUUAUAUACAUUUAUGAUUUAUUUAUGCUUUGUAACCAGUCAGUGAUCAUUAAUAAUAAUCACUACCAAACUAUACUUCAGAACUGAUAAAAAAUUAUAAUUUUCGCUUAGGAAGACAUUAUAUCCGUAUGGAACCGAACGUCUGGUGAUCAAGGUGUCACUACUAGAAUAAGGUAAUUGAACAAAUUAUUUGUCGCCAUUUAUGCGCAUGUGCAUUUUCAGGUAUAUACUGAUUGAAGUAUUUCACAAGAUUUUUAUAUUUUAUUUUAGAGAUACCUUAAAACGUGUAUUAAGUUUACCAAUGAACACUAUUAUGGAGUACAAGACCCAUGAUAACAGCAUCAGGUAAAUGACUCUUUUGUACACAGCCCUUUUCUCUGCAUAUAAGGGACCGGUCAUUAUUUGUUGCAGGUGUGGCACUGAAGAUAAAAGGGUUGGGGUAAACAAAAUUUUGAAGACUAAAAAGCAAUGUCAACAGUCAUAUGUCAAUAGAAUAUGUAAAUCAAUCAAUCAAUCAAUCAGAGUCACUAUCUUGUACUCAUUUUCUGAUUUGCCGAGAUGCAAAUAAUGUCUCCAAAGAAAGUACAUCGCAGGUAACAUGAAGCGUUACACUGCAGAAAAUUGUACAAGCAGUUAUGAAACUCUGAAUGGUACCUUUUGUAGUUUUGGCCAGGGCUGUGUAUUUAUUUCUCAAUUGAGGUUUAAAAGUUUUGACUUUUUAAUGAUUGCAUGGAUCAGCAACAUCUUUACCAACAAAAUGUUUCUCUUCGGUCCCACCCUGCGCCAUAAAUGAUUAACGGUCCCUAAACGCGUUAUGGUUUACAAUUUAUCGUUAACAAUUUGUCAAUGAAAAGUAAAGCAAACAAUGUAAUUCCAAUAGACAACUUGCAUGUUAGACAAAUUUUUUAUCUAGCCGAUCUAGGCAAAAAAAAGUAAAUUCCCGUUAAGAACUUAUUAAAAUUAGUAAACUUGCAAAAUUUGGUUGCGAAAUGUUGUAAAGCUUGGAAAAUAUAGCUUUGCAAAGUUUGCAUAUUUUCAGUAUAUUUGUAUUACGUGCGGAAAUUGGUACCAUUUUUGAGCCGAAAAUGGUAACAAUUUCCGCUCGUAAUACAAAUAUACUGAAAAUAUGCAAACUUUGCAAGGCUAUAUUUUCCAAGCUUUACAACAUUUCGCAACCAAAUUUUGCACUUUUACUAAUUUUAGUAUGUUCUUUUCAGCUGUGGUGUUUGAUCCCCUUUUCUCCGCUUAGAUUAAAUUUUAGUCUAACAUGCAAGUUGUCCAUUCCGAUACAGAGUUGAAAAAGACCCAUGCAUGAAGUAAGGGGAUUCAUCGUGAGAGUAUCCUUAAAGAAUAUCUUGAACGAGGGCGAUCGUUGUCCCCAUUCGUUCGACUAUACCAGUAACAUGAGUACAUUACGUAGACAAUUUUCUAUCGUUUAUCGUGUAAAGUUUUUUAUACCAAUUAUAGUAUUUAUGCAACUCAAAUUUUAAUCACUUAAAGGCGCAUGCGCCUAUAACUUGGGGCCACUUAUCUGUGUAUGCUAUAGGUACUGUCUUGCGUAUACGAAUAUAUCUUGAGAUUUUUAUUUCUUUAUCAAGGGAUAAUUCAAGUUUCAGGAAUACAGCUAUAUUUUCAAGUUAACUUAGUGUGGAAAUGAAGUUUGUAUACCUUAGAAGAAGGAACUCUGAUACCUUUGUACCAAGACAACAGCAGUGAAAGAAGAACGUGUGUAAUAGGCUACUUUGUGGGAUUGUAACCGAAUUUUGUCAAUGACUGAUGAAGACAUUUUAUUUUAGCUACGUUCGAAUUGAGCGCUGCUUUCUAAUUCUAUUUCAAACUGUAAGUUAAAGUAAUGGUGAAAUACCCAUACCUUAUAUGUGUUUUCUCAUGUAUAUAUAAUAUCAUGUUUCUCGAGAAUAGGGCAAAUUUUGUGAUCAUAUAAAUUGCAAUUGGGGCGUAUAAUCAGCGCGCGUUUUCCAAAAAUUAUCUAUUGUAAAAUCAAGCAUGAAAGUUGAAGUAAUGCUUUUGUGAAGAUGUAUGGUAAGAAAUAUCAAACUAUUGUUAAAGAAAUAAGAUUACAACUCACUCAGUGAAGAUAGCUUUCAAUCCUUAGCGUAUAUGUUUGGCGACGCAAAUAAGUCAUUAUUUUUCGAACGACAUAUUUACGCUAAUUUCGUAAGUGCAUAAGAAGUAUGGGUAUUUAAUUUAUUUUCGCUUUUAUUAGCCAAUUUAUAUAGAUUUUUGUUGAGUUGUGUGUGGCUUAUGGAAAGUCAAUAUUUUCCAUGUUCAAUACUUUAAUUCUGUGUAGUUUGGAAAGAACGAGGCAAUUCUAUUUAUAUAUAUUGCUUAUAACAUUUUAUCUGUGGUAUUGUGGUAGGGACAGACUAUUAUUUUUUUGGAGUGGAGGAUGAACAUUUUGUCAACGCAAACAAUUUUUUUUGGUGUUGUUGUCUCUGCAAACAAUAUUUUUGCGCCU